CAUAAUGCAUCUCGAGCGCUGACAUAUUUAGCGGGAGAUUCAGGUGGGUUUUGCUAGUAGCAGAUAACAUAGCCUAGAGCUUGUAGCCUGCAGCAGAGAUGAGGAGCGUACUGAGGAGAUCUGGUAAACUUUCUCUUUUUUAACUUUUCAAACUUGUAGUCCUCUUCAGCCCCAACCGACGCUGAGCCGUGCCUCCCGAGAUGCUUUACUCAAACGCCCCAUGUUGUCCAUUUUGUCCGGCACUUUUAUAAUACUGUUACGCGAAGAUUUCCCCCCUCACUGUGGAGCAAAGGGGUCGAGACCAGACCAUGAAAAACAGACCCGGUGUGUUUAAUGUAGCAACGUGUUUUGGUUAGAACGUCGGUUAGUUACGUUUCAUGGAACGUUAUUGCGUUCCGUGGAACUGUACUGAGGAGAAGAAAAGAGAGAAAAAGAAGAGAUGGAGCGAAGUGAAAUGGCGAGACAGAAGGGAAAGAGCAUGACGAGGGUGUGGGGAGACGGAGAAAGAAGGGGAGGAAAAAGGAAGAGAAGAAACAGGAUUAAGGGAGAAGAAGAGCGAGGGAUGAGACGGUUAUGACAAGGAGAGACAGAGGGAGCGCACACACACACAAACAUACAGAGGUGACUGUGACGUCAAAGCAGAGCCCAGCUGACUUGCUCGCUCCACCGUGCCUCUCGCUGACCAGCCUCGCGCUCUCCUGCAAAUCUACUCCACGCGGCUGCUGCUGCUGCUGCUGCACGCCCUUUAAAACACCGAGGAGGAGGAGGAGACGAAGAAGAAAGAAAAACUCACACGGAGAGACGGCAGCAGCAGCAGGAGGAGGAGAAGGACGGAGGGUCCAUUCUCAACCUCGCGCGCAGCACACGAGGAGACAGACAGGAUAUCAUUAAUUUUUUUCUGGACACUUUACAUGGAGAUGAGCCAGCUUUGCCUCGCGCGGUCUCCUCAAAGAGAUAACCGAGCAGGACUGUGAGGGAGGGAGGGAGGGUCGUUUUGUGUCUUGGCACCACUCCCCCCCCACCGCCGCCUCCUCCCUCACCCCCCUCCCCCUCCCCACCCUCCUUGGCCAGGUGUUGCAUCUAAGCGCGAGCCCCUCGUGUCGAUGGAGAGGCACGAGAAGGAGGGUUGAUCCGCGUUGAGGAGCUCGCGCACUCGACACUGAUCCUGUCUGCGGAGCCUCUCGAGCAACAAGAAGUUGACAAUUUUGAAUUUUGUCGGGCUCGAGACCACUACGUGUUUUUUGAAGAUUCUAUUUAACGGAUUUUUCCCCUCUUUUUUUUGCAUUUCCUGUUGGCUAUGGACCUUAUCGGAUUUCUCUUUUUUAUGGCACCUUUUAUGAACGAUACAAAAAACGGGAAUUAACGUGAAAAUUUGUGGGGUUUUAUGCUCUCCAGCGGCACGCGCACGUAGGAAAAAAUGGCAAAGUAAACGGAUCCAGGUGUGCCAACGACGCACGAGCCAUUUUCAUUUUGAGGUGUUAAAUUGAAAAUCUGAUUUUCUUGCCGUUUGUCAGAGAGCUGCCCCCUGACACCGCGUGCACCCCAGAACUUCCGCCUUGUUUUUCCAGGCUCUCCGUGACGCCGCGGCACCCUGAUGGUGCGGACGGUCGGCGCACGGUGGCUCGAGCUGCUGCUUGGACACGCCGCCCGGUGAUUCUUCGCCUUCAGCUCGGAGACACGGUGCAUGGUGCAUGGCGAUGAUGAUGAUGGUACGUGGUUAAUCCGGGGGAUGCUUUACCACUCGAGUCGGAUUCAUGGGCUGUUUCUUCAGUGGGAUCGUUCGCGUGACAAUGACCUCCAACCGCGGUUUACCCCGUGCCGUGCUCGCCGCAACCCGAGAGAGAAGCACGCGCCCCCGGUUCGAUGCGCACGAGAGGACGUCGUCUCCCCAAAAUCGCUGAGCUAACUCACAACCGGGAAGGGAGGGAUACAGUAAAACAUAACCGAAUAGGAGAAGAUCAACAACAACAACAGCAGCAGCAACAAGCGGCGGUAGUGAUGGAACUGUCCGAGGUCCGGUGCUCCAGCGCGAGCGAGGAGCUGUACACCAUCAACAAGACCCCGAGCAGCAGCAACAACAGCAACAGCAGCGGCAGCGCGCGACCCAAACGGCUGCUGUGGCAGAACGCGGUGCGGCACAUCACCGAGCAGCGGUUCAUCCACGAGCAGGGCGGCGGAGGGGGAGGCGGAGGAGGGGUGAAGGGCAUAGGGCCGGAGGAGCCCUACGACCCGAGCCAAGGCGCGCGGAAGCAGUCGGCGGGGCGGACGUCGGUGGGAGACCGGCACAACAACGGCGGGACCAAAGUGUUCCCGGAGCGCGCCAGCAGCGACCUGGGCUUCCUGCAGAUCGACUGCGCGCCGAGCAACUCCGACUUCUUUCUGAACUGGGGCUACACGUACCGGGGCGUCAUCUUCCCCACGCUGCGGAACGCCUUCAAGUCCCGCGACCUGGAGCGGCUGUACCAGCGCUACUUCCUGGGCCAGAGGCGCAAGUCGGUGGUGGUGAUGAACAUCCUGGACGUGGUGACCAAGCUCACCCUGCUGGUGCUGCACCUCACCCUGGCCUCCUCCCCCAUGGACCCGAUCAAAGGGACGCUGCUGGGCUUCUUCACGGGCAUUGAAGUCGUCAUUUGUGCCUUAGUGGUGGUGCGGAAGGACACCACCUCGCACGGCUACCUGCAGUACAGCGGCGUGGUCACCUGGGUGGCCAUGGCCACGCAGAUCCUGGCGGCCGGGCUCGGGUACGGGCUGCUGGGGGACGGGGUGGGGUACGUGCUGUUCACGCUGUUCGCCACCUACAGCAUGCUGCCGCUGCCGCUCACCUGGGCCAUCCUGGCCGGUCUGUUCACCUCCGGGCUCCACAUCCUGGUCCAGCUGCUCAUCUCGGAGACCGCACAGCUGUCCACCAACCAGGUAGCGGCUCAGGCUGUGUUGUUCAUGUGUAUGAACACUGCUGGGAUAUUCAUCAGUUACCUGUCCGACCGGGCUCAGCGUCAGGCCUUUCUGGAGACGCGACGCUGCAUCGAGGCUCGACUGCGACUCGAGACAGAAAACCAGAGACAGGAGAGACUGGUGUUAUCAGUCCUGCCACGUUUUGUAGUUUUGGAAAUGAUCAACGACAUGACAAAUGUAGAGGAUGAACACCUCCAGCAUCAGUUUCACAGAAUCUACAUCCACCGCUAUGAGAAUGUCAGCAUUCUUUUCGCAGAUGUUAAAGGCUUCACAAACCUCUCCACGACGCUGUCGGCGCAGGAGCUGGUGCGAAUGUUGAAUGAACUCUUUGCACGCUUUGACCGCCUCGCACAUGAGCACCACUGUCUACGAAUAAAGAUCCUGGGAGACUGUUACUACUGUGUGUCUGGUCUACCUGAGCCCAGGCAGGACCACGCCCACUGCUGUGUUGAGAUGGGCCUCAGCAUGAUCAAAACCAUCAGAUAUGUGAGAUCACGUACGAAACACGACAUCGACAUGCGAAUCGGGAUCCACUCUGGCUCGGUGCUGUGCGGUGUGUUGGGACUCAGGAAGUGGCAGUUCGACGUCUGGUCCUGGGACGUGGACAUCGCCAACAAGCUGGAGUCUGGAGGGAUCCCAGGGCGGAUCCACAUCUCCAAAGCUGCACUGGACUGUUUGAACGGCGACUACGAGGUGGAGGAGGGCCACGGGAAGGACCGCAACGACUUCCUCCGCCGCCACAACAUCGAGACGUACCUCAUCAAGCAGCCGGAGGAGAGUCUGCUCACCCUGCCGGAGGACAUCAUGAAGGAGGCGGCAAGCUCGGCCGACCGCCGGGCCAGCAGCGCCACCUUCAACGAGGCGUCCUGGAGCCCUGAGCUUCCCUUCGACAACAUCGUGGGGAAGCAGAACACUCUGGCUGCCCUAACGAGAAAUUCGAUAAAUCUGCUUCCAAACCAUCUCGCACAAGCUUUGCAUGUCCACUCUGGUCCUGAGGAAAUUAACAAGCGAAUAGAGAGCGCCAUCGACUUACGGAGUGGCGAUAAGUUGAGAAGAGAGCAUAUCAAGCCUUUCUCACUGAUGUUUAAAGACUCCAGCCUGGAAGAGAAGUACUCCCAGAUGAGAGACGAGGUGUUCAAGUCCAACCUGGUGUGCGCCUUCAUCGUGCUCAUCUUCAUCACAACCAUCCAAAGCCUGCUUCCCUCUGCCAGGAUGGUAACCAUGGUGAUCCAGUUCUCCGUCCUCAUCGUCCUCCAUUCCUGCCUGGUCCUCGUUACAACGGCGGAGGACUACAAGUGUCUGCCUCUGGUCCUGAGAAAAGCCUGCUGCUGGAUCAACGAGACGUAUGCCGCGAGAAACGUCAUCAUCUUCGUCUCGAUCCUCAUCAACUUCCUGGCGGCCAUGAUCAAUAUACUGUGGUGUGACUUCGACAAGUCCAGCACCUUCAGGAACCAGACAUACAACGAGUCGGCCUCCAUCCCAGACAUCUGCUUCUACCCAGAGUAUUUUGUGUUUACGGGGGUCCUGGCGAUGGUGACGUGCGCCGUGUUUCUGCGGCUGAACUCGGUGUUGAAGUUGGCGGUGCUGCUGGUGAUGAUCGCCGUCUACUCGCUGCUGACCGAAGCUUUCUACACCUCGCUGUUCGUCCGCUACGACACCGUCCACCACAACACAGAAAAUUUCCUGGGAACUAAAGAGACAUCGUUGCUCCUGAUGGCCAUGUUCCUCCUCGCAGUGUUUUACCACGGCCAACAGCUGGAGUACACAGCCCGGCUGGACUUCCUGUGGCGCGUCCAGGCCAAAGAGGAGAUCAACGAGAUGAAGGAGCUACGAGAACACAAUGAGAACAUGCUGAGGAACAUCCUGCCCAGCCACGUGGCCCGCCACUUUCUGGAGAAGGACCGGGACAACGAGGAGCUGUACUCUCAGUCCUACGACGCUGUGGGUGUGAUGUUUGCCUCCAUCCCGGGCUUCGCCGACUUCUACUCCCAGACCGAGAUGAAUAACCAGGGAGUCGAGUGCCUGAGGCUCCUCAACGAAAUUAUCGCUGACUUUGACGAGUUGCUGGGCGAGGACCGUUUCCAGGACAUCGAGAAGAUCAAGACAAUCGGCAGCACCUACAUGGCCGUCUCCGGUCUGUCGCCUGAAAAACAGCAAUGUGAAGAUAAAUGGGGUCACCUGUGUGCGUUGGCGGACUUUGCCAUCGCCCUCAAUGAGAGCAUCCAGGAGAUCAACAAGCACUCCUUCAACAACUUUGAGCUGAGGAUCGGUAUGGCUCAUGGCUCGGUGGUGGCAGGUGUGAUCGGUGCCAAGAAGCCGCAGUACGACAUCUGGGGGAAGACGGUGAACUUGGCCAGCCGGAUGGACAGCACGGGCGUGAGCGGCAAGAUUCAGGUGCCCGAGGAGACCUACCUGAUCCUGAAGGAGCGCGGCUUCGCCUUCGAGUACCGCGGCGAGAUCUACGUGAAGGGCAUCAGCGAGCAGGAGGGCAAGAUCCGAACGCACUUCCUGCUGGGCCGGGUGCAGCCCAACCCACUCAUCCUGCAGCCGCGUAAAAUCACCGGCCAGUACUCACUGGCAGCCGUGGUGCUCGGCCUGGUGCAGUCUCUCAACCGGCAGAAGCAAAAGCAGAUCCUCAACGAGAACAACAACUCGGGCAUCAUGAAGGGUCACCACCACUACAACCGGAGGACGUUGUUAGCGCCCGGUGGCUCCGAGGUGGGAGGGGGGCAUCACGCCGAAGUGGCUGAUAAGACUGAGCUGUCCUGAAGAGCAGACUGGAGUUUUAGUUCCACGCAGAUUUCUCAGAGGCAGAGACGCUCUGCGGGCAGAAAUAACCCCAGUGUUUGAGUUGAACCUCAGUGGGUGAAGCUCAAGAACAUUGGUUUUCUGACUAAUUAACACUCAAACUUGAAAAGCAGAUGAAAGUUCUUCAGGAGUCAUAACCUGGUUCCAGACCUGAAUCACUGCAGAUUCAGCAGAUCAAGUAGAUUUUCGUAUCAUGCUCUUUCCCCAGUUGGAAAAACACCUAACCCUAACCAAUCAGAGCUGUGUAGACAAGAUCAGUAUCUGGGACGUCUUCUUUCUGUUCCGGAAUCCAAACAAAAAUGCUAACAAGUGUGGAUGAGAUUAAAGCAGUGGCGUCAACUAGGGCUGUGCAAUACAACCAAAAUCUUAUAUCAUAAUAUAUAUCAGGAUAUAGUACAUUCCCUGUAAAUUCAAUGAAUUAAUAGUUUAUAUAAAAUGACCACAUGGAGAGGACUACUACUUUUUUACAUAUGCCCAAAAAUGAAUGGUAUUCAUUCAUAUGUGAUUAUUUUUCUGCUUUUAUUUAGAACAAAUGUUUAAUCGAGAAUCUAUAAAAUAUGAAACACUUUUCAAAAACAGAUGAUUACUGGCCCAACAUAAAAUAUCAUCAUAUAAAAUACCAAAUCUAAGUAUUGUAUUUUUAAGUUUAAAUUGUAGAGGCAACACAAGGCUCAUGACAUAACAAGAGAAAAAACACUCCUUCAAGUUUGAAAGACAAAAUCCUGAUCAAAUGUUUGACUCUGGUUUAUUUUGAGUAUCUGAUGGUUCUUUUGUUCCUCUCAUUCGUUAACUCUCUCCAGACACACUGACAUGGUUCUUGUGUAGGUGGUAGAAGAGAUUUGUGGUGUUUGAAUCUUGUGGGGACCAGUCCUGAUCCAUGACUUUUCGUGACCAAACCAUGUAACAGAGGUAGCCCCUUGUUGAAGCUCCUCGAUUUGUCUCGGCUGGUCCUUCUCUGGUUCUGUUUCACCUUCGUCAAAAGAUAUAUAUUGUCAUGUUGCACAGCCCUAGCCUCAACAGGAUCAAUAUGUUUGAUGCUAUGUUGUACACACACACACUUCUUUGCAGGUCUACAGAGUGUUCUUGUGUGUCAAACAAGGAGAUUGGGUGAUCCAGUCCCUGUUGUGAAGAGGGUUCAAAAUCCUUUACUUAAAAACUUUAAAACAAAUGAACCAGAGACGUAUGUUCCAGCUGUAAAGGUACCCUGUGGAGUUUUUGUCCACUAGCAGCACUAUUGAGCAAUGUUUUUACUUGUGGGUCCCCGUUUCAAUCGUUCUUGGGUUCGCAAUGAUUUCUGCUGAUGGUUUUGCGCUAUUCCACUGACCUGCAGGUGGCAGUAACAUGCCAGAAAACACAGCAAUGCACCAGCAAAGGCAGUGAAGAGGAAGACUGCCGGCUAAUAUCCAUGGACGUAAAACAACGCAGGAGUCAAACUUGAGAUAAAUGGGUUUCUUGAGGAAGAAAACGCACUCAGCAAGUUCAAUAGACCUCAAGGAUACACACAAUGAAUGUAAACAGAAACUGUGUUUACAAGAAAACUCCACAGGGCACCUUUAAGUGCUGGUGAAUACAUACUCAUUUUAGAUGGGUUGGACUUUUCGCUUUUCCAGGUUUGCCAGUUUCUCUGGCUCCUCCCACUGAGGUUAAUCUAGACCAAUGAGAUUGUGUCUGCCUCCUGAAUCCGCUUUGCUUUCGAUAAAUGUUCGUAGAACUGAAACUCCACUUUGUUCCUGAAGGGAGGAGGAGGUGGUGGGGGAGUGAGGGAGGGACUGGACGGGACCGCCGUGUUCUGUUUUCAUCCGCCCUCAUCUGUUCGAUGUCUGUUCGACUGAUCCCUCUUGGACUGUCUGACCAUUCCUCCUGUCGUUUCCACUUCCCCUUUUUAUGUCGCCCGGCCACCAACCCAUCCCCGCCCCCAAAAAAACCCAGAAACCCCGUCCCACUCUGACCCUCGCCCGGUGUCAAUGUUUCUUUUUUGUAUUUCUUUUAUAUAUGAGAACACAAUAAAAAGGGGUCUAAUUUUUUAUAUAA